AUGAUCAAGAAGUGCGGGUUGCUCAACAGCAACCAAGCAUUCCGCCAUCCUAUCCCGGAUCUCAGCUCUUUCCAAGACAAGGAGCGCAUGGCCAUGCCUGAACUACCCGGCCCCCGCUCGCGGAUCAGCGGUUUUGAACAUCCACAGCAGCACCUCCCCGAAAUGUCCAAGUCGGUGAUUCUGCAGUUCCCCCGACAAGUCAACCCCAUCUCUGGCGAGGGUUCGCGGGUUUGGUACAGGGGGAUGCAGAAGGUUAUGGAUAUGGGGAACCUGAACAGGUUGUGGCGCGUCCCGGCCAAGAACGGGUUGAUGUAUCUGGGGAUGAGCUUCGUGGGUGCUCUUUCGGCGCAACCCACUAGUUCACUUCUACGGUAAAAAGCCCACAUUGUUAUGCCAUGCUCCUGACAAAUGUAUACGCAUCAGCCCACUUUCGCGGUAACAAACCCACUUUUUUUUCAUGCUUCUGACGUAAAUACGAUCUUGCCUCGUCGAUUGUACCUCACGCCAUCUUCCCUACGUCCACGCUCGUUUCUGGUCAGCGCCGGUGCCUCCUUCUCGGAUACGAAAACGUACGAGGUCCGCAUACAACUGCGGGUGGAGGCGUUGGACGAGAGCGCUCAUCCCUCAGCAGCGGCGGAGGAGGGGCACGGGGUAGAAUCUGGGCAAUGGCCGAGACCGCCCCGCGUCGCCCUUGGCGUGGUCGCCGCUCUGUGCGAGUGUCCUGCCGGCGUAAGCGGGGGAUGCUCCCGCACUGCAAUCGUCCUCUUCUUGACUCGUCUGCUGCAGAUGACAGAGGGCGAACUAGCCACGUUCAACCCAUCUACAUGUACCGGUCGAGCUUUCAGUUGGAUCAUGCCGAA